AUGGCGAGUGAGUGUUGUUCAACCAACCAACCAACCAACCAACCAACCAACCAACCAACCAACCAACCAACCAACCAACCAACCAACCAACCAACCAACCAACCAACCAACCAACCGACCAACCAACCAACCAACCAACCAACCAACCAACCAACCAACCAACCAACCAACCAACCAACCAACCAACCAACCAACCAACCAACCAACCAACCAACCAACCAACCAAACAACCAACCAACCAACCAACCAACCAACCAACCAACCAACCAACCAACCAACCAACCAACCAACCAACCAACCAACCAACCAACCAACCAACCAACCAACCAACCAACCAACCAACCAACCAACCAACCAACCAACCAACCAACCAACCAACCACACAUUUAUGUUACGUGUUGUGAUUGA